AUGCGCCCACUCAUCUUUCUCGGAGCAGCAGGCCUCGCGGCUGGCUCUCCAGCAGCCGCUCCCCAAGUUGUCAACUUUGACAUCAUCAAUGCUGCUCCUGACCCUAGUAUCACCGGCCCUCCUCUGUUCAUUGGGACUCAGACCGGAGUCUACAAUGCUACCGCUGCCGUAGCCAGCGCCACUGCAGCCGUAAUCGGCGUUGCUACAGCCGCGGCCAACGCCGCCGAGAGGAGAGACCUUGAGGAGCGCACUUUCUGCUUCUUGGGAUGGGGCCCUGCCUGCUCCAAGAACUAUGGGAAUCCUGUCAUCUCGGCGCCCGCCCGACCGACCUCAACCCCGUGUACCACCACCACCACCACGAGCAGGCCGGUUACUACCAGCGGCCCGGUUGUAACCACCGCUCCUCCCACUACAAGCAACGGUGUUCCUUCAACAUGCACACCUGUGAGCUGGACGAACACAUUUGUUUUCACCUCUGAUCAAGCUUGUCCAACCCCAUACGAGAUCGGCACCUUCUGUGGCUUUGUCGGUACUCCCAGCGUUCCGCCUUAUAUCAACCCCGAGGAUCCUUGUGCUCCCCAGCCAGAUGGUUUCGGGCCCAAAACCACUCCUGACACGGCGGAUGCUUUCGAAAAGAACGAGGUCUACCACAGGAUGGCCCAGAGCGCUGGCAGCCCUAAGGGCUACACUCAAACCUUCAAGGACCUCAACGCCGCCGUCAACGCCAACAGCUACAUGGGCCUCUACACGCUGCAGAGCUACGACGUACAGACCUGUGCCGACAAGUGCGACAGCACCGACCUCUGCACUGCAUUCAACCUGUACAUUGAGCGUGACCCGGAAUGGAACCCUGAAAGGUGUUCUUGCACCGGCGAGGAUGUUUCCUCCAUCGCCAACUAUAAAUGCACCCUCUGGGGCUCAGGUGUCCAACCCGGGGCCGCCGUAAAUUUCGGCCAGACCCGUGACGGAUUCGACGUUGUCAUUACCGGCUCCAACGGCUAUGAGAAGACCAACACCACCACCCCAGCCACCCCCAGCGGUUGGACAAAACCACAACAAUGCUUGGGUGCUCACGACCACCCUAAAACCUGCAUUGGUGAGAAGAUGUUCAAGGGCGUCUUCGACGUCAAUGUCUGUGCUACCUACGCUGCUGCGCAGAACUCCGCAAACGUCAACUCUGGUUUCUUCUCCAAGUUCAUGAGCGCCUUCGGCUAUAAUCCAAGCAAGUGCAUAUUCUUCAACGCCUUCAUGCUGACGGAGGACGGUGUUGCCAAGGGUACCUACUGCAAGCUAUUUGCCCAGCAGUACGAUGCCUCCUUCGGCACUCAGGUGCCUGGCUGGAACAACGGCCAUUUCUACGGUGUCGAGAGUUCAUGGAGCUAUUGCAGUGCCUAG